AUGGGUUACAGAAGUACUGACAGGAGGGAUCCCCUCUCAAAAGAGGCACAACAACGGCUGAUGCGAGACUGGAAGGAGGUGCAGAAAGAGCCAAUUCACACCGUCAAGGCGAGACCCCUUGAGAAAGACAUUAGUGAAUGGCUCUGCACGCUUCAACCAAACGAAGGCCCCUACCAGGGGAUCCCUUUCCACCUCGUGCUAAAAUUUCCGAGUGACUAUCCGAACCGGCCUCCCUUUGUCCGCGUCUGCACCUUCCUGAGCCACCCGAACGUUUUUGAAGAGUGGAUCUGCCUGUAUAUGAUCAAGGAACCGGAAGAAGCCUCCGGGCCGUAUCGAGGUUGGUCCACGGCGUACAGCGUCCAGAGUGUCCUGCUGCAGCUGCAGAGCUUCCUGUUCGCGGAGAAUGUCCCCCAGGUUCAAGAUCCAGAUGCGUCCGACUCAGACGAUGACCCCGACGAGUACAGGCACGCUGCGGCAAGCAAAGUGUAUACAGUGGUCAACAGAGCCGACCAGAACGAGGUCGAAGAUGCCCGGCGCGACGCGGCCGCGUUCAUCUGCGCCGGCUGCGGGUUCAGGGGUGCGGCGAUCGCGGCAGGAGAGCGCGCGCGGGAGAGUGCGCAGGCCGCCUGUGAUGCUCAGCGCGUUGGCUCGCUCGACGAUCCCUGCACCGCUUCUGGCGACCCUGAGGACUCCUCUUACGACUCGGAGAGCGCAUCCGCCCGUUCGUCGAAGCGCGCGCGUCUCGCCCUCACACCAGCCGCCCGGCCCUCAGCCGCCCAAACCCCGCGCCCGAGCGCGCCGGCCGCGUCCAAACCCCCGGCGCGCAACCCGGCCGCGGACCGCCUGAGCGAGCUCCCCGCGGACGUCCUGGUCGAAGUCAUGGACCGGCUGGACGCGGCCGCGCUCUCCGCGCUCGUGCGCGCGAACCGGCACUACGCGCGCGCGGCCACGGAGCGCGGCGCGUGGGUGCGCCGCGAGCUCCAGUGCUUCCACACGAAGCGCGGCUUCGGCGAAGAGGUUUUGGGGUUUGGGAUGAGUGUGAAGGGUUUGGAGACGCCGGGCGCGAAGCGGUUGAAUUGGUGGCUCCCCCUGCUCCUGGACGAACAGCACUGCGCGCGCGCGCUCCCGCUUCUUAAGGGCACCAUCGCGGCGCUCGCCACGGACCCCCGGCGCUCGAAGGUGACACAUGUCGCCAUCCUGGACAUGGCGCGGCACUUCUCGCCGCUGGACACACUGAAGGUUCUCCCCCGCCUGAUGAACGGCAUGGUGGUCUCCUUCAUGAAGCAGGAUGGCUCAGAAAAGCACGUGAACCUGCACGCCUCUGAGAAAGCUCUUCUGGGCUAUUGUCAGCUGCACCACAUGCUGCUGCGCCUGGCACAGGACUACCCAGUGAUCCAAGCGGCGGUCGACCGAGCACUCUCUCGGUUCCAUUCCAACCUGAGCGCUCGGGAGAAAAACGAGACCCCCGACCUGGGCGAGCUUUUGGUGCUGCUGAGCGUCGCCAAGACCGGGGGAGUCACCUGGGCCAGCCUGGCGCCCGCGUUCGUUGCGGAGAGUUUUGACAGGAACGUGCUGUGGCUCCUGAAGGCGCACCCCGAGCUGGCAAUUCUGGAGGCCUCCGACACCGUGUCGGAACACCGCCUGGCCACCACCUUCAGGGAGACCGCCGUAACAAGACGGCUCAUCAUGUUCCAGGUGGCGUUCUUGCUGCUCGUCCGUCCGUCCGGCAGUUCCGUCCGCGACAUCCUGGCGGAAUACGCGCAGCGGUACGGCUACCCGUGGCCGGGCCUCACGCGCAAGCUGCAGAAGACAUGGUACGACGUGCUUAAGGUUGCCACGUGGCCCGACUUCUACUCCCAAUUGGGCCUGGCGUGCCCCCCCACAUCGCUCGCGCUCUGCUCCACGCUGCGUCAGUCUGUUGUCAGCAGCAGCCAGAAGGGCUACCACUCAAUGAAACGGCUCUGGCAAGGCCACCCGCGAGACCUGCUGGACCUCAGGAGGCGGUACGAACCCACUCUGCGCGCGCACUAUCCAAACUGCCUGGUUUGA